ACCGGCCCACUCGAACGCACAGUCCGAAUUCAACAGUUGCCAGGGAACGACACGACGAACCUUCCGCUGUGUUUUGUGUGUGUUUGCUUUGGAACAAUUGGGGCCUUCGUUUAAAUUUUUCUCUUCGAUUUUUAUUCGCCUGAGAGCUGGGUACGUUGGAGAAAGGAGGAAGAUCCAGUUUGCAGCCGAGAAGCGCCACAAGUCCAAAAGAUCUCAACAAAGUGUAGUGUUGAAGCGGUGUGAACUUUGAGCUAUUCUGUUGUUGUGUUUUUUUUAAUUUCGGGUGAAAAAUUGGAGCAGCGGAAGAUUGCCGCUUCAGAAGAAGUGUUCUAACCGGGGAAGAGCUUGCAGUGAACAUUAUUCAAUUAUUGUUGGCUGGUUUAAUUGCUGUUUCGGGCUAAGAGUGCUGUUCCAUUCAAAAGCGAAUGCUGACCUACUGCUGCUGCUGCUAGCAGAGAGAAGUACCAGCUCGAAGUGAUAUCGACGUCAAAAUGAAAAUAAUUAUAGUGAUAUGUAUUCUAGCGACGUUCGUAAUUAGUAUACAAUGCCGUCCCCAGGCUGUGCAGAUCGAAAAGCAACUGCUCCGCUUAAUCCCCCAGGAGACGUCCUACGAACCGCAGCGUGGCACCCUAGAGGAAACGCAACGCAUUCUGCAGGAAAUCGAAAAGAUCAACAUCGCAAUGGGCUACAAAAAGAAACAGGACGUAGCCUUCCCGCGGACACAAGGCUUCAACGAGGGCUAUUUCUACCCAAGACCGGUUUAUCAGCCGCUUAAUUUUCGCACUACCACCAGUCCGGCUCCACUGUUCAAGCAGUUUAAUGUGCAGGAGCUGGGCAGCACGACGGAUCCGUUCCAGACUCUGGUGUACUACUAUCCGGCCCCCUAUCUACGUCUUCCGAUGCCUGAUGGAGCCCGUGCUUUUCGGGUGUACUCCAAGACGAAGAAACCUAAGCAACUGCAACCGAAGAUCUACGUGCUGCCGAUAGCUGUUCGUUCUGCGGACGGACAGACAAAUGAAAUCCGGUAUCUUCCUAGUACCGUGGACUUUAGAACAUUGCGCUCGUUUAGUGGCAAGGGGAAAGCAAUGCAAGAACAGGAGGUUCCAGUUGCACGAGGAAUGAAAAAAUCAAAAGGAGUGAUGGAUGAGGUUGCCGUAGCGGUCGAAGAAGAAAAACUCGAAGAGGAUUUGCUAGAAGAAAUGCUUGAUGUUGUUGAAUACGAACUAGGUGUGGAUGAAGACGCCAAGAAAAAACGAAAGAAGGCUCCUCUGGUGCCAACUUUACCGAACGAUAAGUUUUUAAACAGUAAACUGACUGACAGCGGCAGUGAUGAGAAAGAUGACGGAGAUUCGGACUUUGACAUGUUGAUUCUGAACAAAUCAGCCGGCGGUGGUACGGGAAGAAGCUUCAACAUUUCGGCCACGUUUCAGAACUUUACCAAUCGCUUCAGUAUUUUGCCGUCGAGUACACCAACAACCACACUAACGUCUUCGGAGGAAAGCGACUUGAAGGAAGCUACCAACACCACGGAGGUUGAGGUAGAAGAAGAAAAGGGUCCUUUUGGGCUGUUUAACCGUCAGAGUGACCCGGCAGCAAACGGAGGGUUAGUCAUUCAGCGAUUGAGAGUACGCCAUGGAGGGAUUGCUAUUGCGGGACCUGGUGGCGUAGCCACGGCCGGAAGUGGAGGAACGGCAAUUGUCGGUCCCAAUGGGACAGCCAUCACGCAUCCGAGAAGCCUGACUAUAGCCGGCCCGGGAGCGAAAAUAUACGCCGUACCGGAAAGUGUCGACUUGGGCAAGACGAUUAAUGCUACCAGAAGGAGUUUACCGGCGGAUGCCGUCCUGGUGGCUAGUGGGCCAGUUGUGUACUACAGGCCACAGCCGUUUCCUUCACCCUACCUCCUGGCACCGGGUACGAACGUGAACUUGAACUACCCACCACCAGCUCCUUUGGUUCCUUUCGGAGGAAGGUCUGGAUUCUACGACGAUGCCACCUUCCAUCUGAUUCCCGGUGCCUCAUUCGCGCCACAUCCGUUCAGUCGGAUACCGAAAACAUUGCCUGCGGGUGGUCCGUUACCGAUGCAGUUCAACGGAGCAGCUGAUCCGAUCAAACUAACGGACAAACGGAACCAACCGAUUACUCAAAAUGGACAACAGCGACAACCGAAGCGAAUCAUAAAUGCGCCAUUUGUCCAAGCACUUCAGCAACCUAACAAUAAGUUUAAAGUGCAGAAGUUCAAGCUAGUACAAUCCAAUAAAGCAGCAGUUGCCGAAAGUUCCAAACCCGAGAAAACCACGACGAAGGCUCAACCAGCGGUUACCGAAAAACUACAGAGCUUGAACCCAGAUUUUCCUGUCUUUGCUACAGCCACCGGAUCAACAGCUGCUGAUAAGCCAGUUCCCAGAGUACCGAUCGCGCCAGCCGUAGCCGAGUUCUACCCAGUCUACGGCGUACCAGUGACAGAGAAUCGAGACGAAGCAUCGCUCAUAUUGGAGCCAAGCUCCAAAGCCAUUUCGGGAAAUGGUGGAACCGCAAUUUCAACGCCUGUUUCGCACGCCAUUCUUAAGCACGGUAGUUCAACACGAAUUCUUUUCCGCCCGCAAGCUUCGGCCGAGCAUCGUACCACGUCGGACGUUCUGAAGUUGCCAUUCUACGGUGGCGCUCGGGGUCAGAUACUGGAGAUUCGCAAGAACUCCGACGGAACGGUGGUGAGUAAGAUCCUCCGGGGCGAUGACGAGGAUAUGGAGCUGAAGGUGCACCAGAUCGUGGAUGAGUUGAAACAGAACGAAGAUAUUCUGGCGGAAGACGAUGAUAUCCAGGCGGCCGAUCAGUCGUUCGGUGAUUAUUUGCUGAACAUUCAGAAGGCGGCGGCUUCGCUGGUGACACUUCAGGAACAGGUGAAAAAAACUGGCAAAUUGUCGAGCGACCAGAAGAAGGUCUACGCUGAUAAUCUGGAAAAGCUGGGUGUGGCAGCCCAGAAGUUGGCUCAUAUUCAGCAGCAGGAUGAUGACCAUGACGCGAUCAAGUUUUUAUUCGAUUCUCAAUUCGACCAAACAGACCAGAAGAAGAAGAACACCCAUAAGAUCACAAACUUCCCCGGAUACAAGGGUAAAGAGGAAGAGCAAAGUCAUAAAAAGAAAGAGGAAGAGGAUAAUGUUGGCGAAGAGGAUGGAAAUUCCAACUCGCAGAACGAUAGCGAUAGUGUUCAGGUGCACUCUCCCGAGAAGGAAGCUUCCAUUGCGGAGGCUAAACCCGUAGGUUUGGCCAUUGCUGGCGAAGGAGGAGUCGCGUCAUCGAAGCCCGUUGCGACUGCAGUGGUCGGAGAUGGAGGACUCGCCGUGGCUCGACCCGUGGCUACUGCAAUUGCGGGAAUUAAACCCAGUGAACUUGGCUCCCUAGGUCUACCGAUCGCCAUCAACAAGAAGCUAGUUACCAAAGGAAAAUACGGAUUAGUGGCAGCGGAUCAUGAUGUACCGAAUGGACUGCUCGUGGGGCCAGGAUUCCAGGAAGCCCGUGUUUCUCAAAACGAAAUUGAAGCGGAAAUCGACGACGCCCGUCAGCAAGCGUUAGGGCAAAUUGAUAGCCUUGCUCCAUCCUUCGACACGGAAAAGUUUUUGGCCAACUUGAGACUAAAGGCAAAACAGCAACAACAACAACAGCAGCAGCAAAACCAACAACAACAACAACAGCAGCAGCCAUCCCCGUUUAAUUCUCAACCAAUUUACUAUCAACCGCAAUUAAAUAUGCCUCAGUCGUAUCCUUUUAUGAGCGAUUACAUUAACACACCCCAGUAUCCAGUGUACACUCCGAACUUUCUGCCAUAUUACAGCUGGAAUGCUUAUUCGGCUGCCGCUGCCUACCAGAAUCAGUUGGCCCUUUUGGCUGCCUACCAGCAGCAACAGCAACUGGCAUUUCAGUCCCAAUACAAUCCAUACUUUUUCAGCGCAGGCUCCAUUGCCCCCCAGCAUUCCUUUCAGCAAUAUGAAUAUCCCCAGCGAGCUUCAUUUUACUCCGCUCCAACUGCCAUCAAUUCUGCCCCCGUCAGUGCCACCGCCGCUGCCUACCCGAGCUAUUACAAUUAUCCAUCCUACUCAACCCCAUCGCCAUACAGAUUUUUCUACUAUUAGAUUGCUUAUCACCAACCCGACCACCGGCGGAUUGGACGGUAACCCAUACAUUCUAAGCAUUAGCUCCAAUGGGAAGUAAAACAAAAAGACUUGAAACUCAUUCCACCCUGUCCGUUAGGAUAAUUGCGUAGUGUAUCGCCUCACGGAAGGAUCGCACUUUUGUAGAUCGUCCCAGCGGACGGCAGGCAAGCUCCGUUGGCGAAGAUCUACGAGACCUGCCCCUUCAAUCCCCUCGGUGGGUUAGUUUUCCAUUUAACAAAUGAUAGGGAAUCAAGAUGCGGGUGGAAUUCGAAACGAUACAAAUAGGUUUAGGUUGCUUUCCCAACGACACGAUUAAAAAACUGUUCGUUGUAAUCGAAUCGAUACAAAUAUAAGAAAAUAGCGUUUAGAGUGUAAGAAAACGAUUUAGGAAAAAGAAAAGAGACAAAGAGAUAAAUAAAGGAUAUUUCUAUAAA